UCACUUUGCAUACUUACCAGAUCAUUCAAACUGCCUGACGAUCGCUCAAACUGCCUGACGAUUACCUCAACUACCUCAACUAGCCGGUGCCCCCGCACAUUGACUCUGCAACGCCGCUCUUUCAGCCCCCAUGGCCACUACUAUCAUAGACUCACAGAAGCCUUUCUCUCUGGACCACUACCAUGUCUCUGAGGAAUUUGGCUUCAUCCUCCGUGCACCCCUGGCAGAGCUGCCACCAUACUACCAGCCCUGGAUGGACAUUGCCCAGCACGUUACAGAGCUCAUCUAUUCUCACACGUUGCGCUCCCACAUUCUCAAGAUGCCCCUGCUGAACACCCAAUCCCUGGAGAGCCACAGAGAGCUGCGUCUGGCCCACUUGGCCCUGAGUGUGAUGACCAUGGGCUACGUGUGGCAGGAGGGGGAGCAUGACACAGUCAAGAUGCUGCCCCGCAACCUGGCCAUUCCAUACUGUGAGGUGUCUCAGCGCCUAGGACUUCCUCCCAUCCUUACCCAUGCAGACGCAGUACUGGCUAACUGGAAGAAGAGGGAUCCACAGGGACUGUUUGACAUGGAGAACUUGGAGCUGCUUGUCACGCUGCCUGGUGGGGACAAUGUGAGAGGGUUCUUCAUGGUCACUCUGCUAGUAGAGCUUGCUGCAGUGCCAGCCAUUAAGAGUAUUCCUGUGGUUAUUAAUGGGGUCCAGUGCGGUGAUGCUGAGACUGUGACCAGAGCACUAGAGGAAUCCAGCCAGGCCAUGCAGGGCAUGACAGAUGCACUUAAACUGAUGCAUGUGUAUGUCAAGCCAGAAGUCUUCUAUGGCAUUAUGAGGAUCUAUCUUUCUGGGUGGAAAGACAACUCCUCCAUGCCAGCUGGGUUGGUGUAUGAGGGCGUCCAGGCAGAGCCUAUGGAGUAUUCUGGUGGGAGUGCUGCCCAGAGCAGUCUGCUGCACUGCUUUGAUGAGCUGCUGGGUGUCAAACAUGAAGCAAAGAGUGGUGCCUUUCUGACCCUUAUGAGGAACUACAUGCCCCCUUCCCACAAGCGUCUGAUCCAGGACAUCUCUCUGCAGCCCUCCCUGCGAGGCUUCGUCCAGCAGCAGGCCUGUGAGCCGCUGACCGCAGCCUUCCAGCUCUGUGUGACCAAGCUGCUGGCCCUCCGCAGUUACCACAUCAACGUGGUCAGCCGCUUCAUCACUGUGCCUGCUGCCCGUGCCCGACAGCUCCGAAAACAGGGAAACAGUUCCCAGGAGGAGACUGUCAGCAGGGCGCCCACGGCUCUGGAGGAGACGGGCACCGGCGGCUCGGGCAUCAUGAGCUUCCUCAAGACUGUAAGGGACAGCACACGGGACGUCUCCCUGCCUCUGGACAACAGGGACAUGCAGAAGAGCCCAAACGGAUCACAGCUUCAAAACACACAACAUGCAACACAACCAAAACAUCUGCAAUCUAACACACUUUAGAGACACUUUAAUACCUAUGUUUAAUACAUUUAUGAAAUGACUGGAAAUUAUAAGAGCUUUGUGCAUAACCUGUUGCUCUAUCAAGGUUUAAUGUCUGACUAAACAAGUCCCAGUGUUAUUGACUGUAGAAAUGAUGUCACUCUUUCAGUCCAAACCUUAAUUUAAACCAUCAGUGUUCAUUUCCAUUAAAUGCAACCACUAAUUUCUUAAUUGAAUCUAAAAUAUAAUGUAAAAUAUGUAUUGGAUGACUAGUCCAGACCGACUGUGCUCAUACCACAAUCCCCAAUUCCUGCAUCACAGUCUCAUGCAAGAAAUCUCGCACUUAUCCCCAGGGAAGUUAUUUUUAGAGUCAGACUGAGGAAAGUUUAGAAAGUUUAGCUUACCAUGAUCUGAGGUCCAGACUGUUAAUACGUACAACCAGGGUUAUACUUAACCAUAAUCUGAAUAUUGAUUUAAUAGGUCACCAUUACAUACAGUCAGGGUUUUUCUGUUGGCAGUUGUAUGAUGGUUGUUGAAUUUGUUGUGUACCUAUUUCUGCUUUUUAUUAGAUAUGUAUGUCCUGUUUGGGAGUUUUUGCAAAAUAAGUAAUUUGAAGAUCCCUGCAAUUGAUCAUCAUGACCAACAUAAAAAAGUCCUAAGGGCUGCAGUACCCAGAGACACCAGAGUAGGGCACUGAAGUGACAGCAUGUCAGAGAGAGAGAGAGAGAGAGAGAGAGAGAGAGAGAGAGAGAGAGAGAGAGAGAGAGAGAGAGAGAGAGAGAGAGAGAGAGAGAGAGAGUGACCACUGGCCAUGUACAUCAGAUAACUGAGGAAAUGGAUAGUCCACACCACCUUCCAUCAUUAUUAUUAUGGUCCCGUUGAGGCACAUGUACUGGCUCAUGUUUUCGUCUUAUGUUUUAAUCAUGGGAUGAAAGAAAGCAUCACAUCAAAUUCAAUCAGAGACAUGCCAAGUAAGCAAGGAGUGUAAAGUGUUCAGGAACAACAGGCUUAUUCUUAAAAUGUCUGUAGUCAUUGUGUAUACAAUUUAGGUCCAAGUAGGGCACUACAAUGUUUUGCACACUGGAUAUAAACUGCCAUUGUCAGUCCUCUAUAUAAAGGAGUGCUAUCUCCAUCAGGGAAUUAUUUCAGAGCACAAUGCCCAAUGCAGUGGAUUGAAGCUCCAUCAGUUACCAGAGAGAUUCCUUCACUCCUCCAGACCAGCGCUCCUCCUGCCCACAUACACCCCCCACAUGCCCCAGCUAUCCCUUCCUGGAGUGAUAGAGCAUGGAAUACCCAGAGAAAUAAAGAGCUGGAUUGUGCCAUGAA